ACUAGCUGCUGUUGCUGGUUUUCUUCACUAGUGCUUUUGAUGUUAAAAUGUGCCACAGUUUUUUUAAUUUGGCUGCAAGCACUUUGCAAGCCAACCCAAACCAGCGCUGUACCUUCUCUCCUCUGCCUGGUGGUGCUCGGGGCUCAACCAGAUUUUCAGAGCUGAAGCAGGGUCAAACAUCCUCCCCUCAUCCAUCUAGCUCCCUGGUGGGGGUGAUCUGCUCUGUAAUUAGUGCUGUAAAACUGAUCGUUCCCUCACCUGGAUGCUUGCCACGCAAAUAUUUUGGUGCGCUCUGUGCUGAAUAGAGACAGUGGCCAUUACCUUGGUGUCCUCAGGUACAGAGGCUCCAGGUCACUUUGGAGUUGCGAGCAGCGGGUUCUGCCUGUGCUUAUGGGCUGGGUGCUCAGGGUUGGAGGUGUAAAACCGCUUUGGGUGACCAGAAGAGUGCAAGUCCCUAAGAGGGUCCCUGAGAAGGCUCUACCUGGCCAGCUCUGUCAGCUUGAAUGCAUGAUACUUCAUGUUCUUUGUUAGCAAGGCAGCCUAAUUACUGCUUCGUGACAGCUCAGGUUUGCAAAAGGAAACAGCGGAUGCCAAACCCACCCUGGACUGAGAGCCUCACCUGGCAAAUUGCAGAGUGGCUCUGUCAGAAAAGAGGAUAACGUGGGUAAAACCUACAGGUAGGCUUUUAAAGACCAUGAUGUCGAGAGUCCAGCUAGUGCCCUGACAGUCCUGAUCAGGGCUUUUUAAUAACAAAUUAACUCCGUGGAGUUGAUUAGCAUUGGGCUUGUGGAGAAUGUCCUGCUCCUGUCUUCGGGGGAGCAGCAUGGUCCUGGUGGAUUUCAUGGAUAUGGGCUUGUUCAGUUGUGUACCAGCAAAGUGUCGGGCAGCUUUGUGUGUCUUGGGGAGAGGCAGUAUCCCUUCAGCACCCUAGGAAGUAUGCUCACAAAAGACAGAUGUGCUUUUGAAGACACGAGAGUCUCAGUCCUGCCUCGCAGAUCUGCUGACAGUCACCCCACGGCCGUGCUGCCGCGGGCACCCAGCCCUUAGCUUUGCUGGCUGAGUGUCCCGAGUCCUAAGUGAUGUUCUUUGUGACCUUCUUUGUGACCUCCGUGUUUGUGGUGCUGAGCAGUCAGUGCCCCGGGUGGCUGUCCAGUGCCGUUUCUCUUUUGCCAGAGCAGUGCAGCAGCACGUCCCGGGAAGCUCCACGUGGAAGGUGCGAUGCUUUUUGGAAAUUCGGCUCUGCCAGCUGUAACGCUGCAGGAAAGAACUGGAGUGCUUCUGGAUUCAGGUUAACAAAGAGCCGUCGAGCCAGUAGAGCAGCUGCAUUUCUGGUGCUGGAAAUUCCCCUUGCACGUCAUCGAGUUGUCAGAAAAGGCCCUCCGGGGAGGCGAGGGAAGCCUGGACGGCGCGGAGAGCCCGGACCUGCAGGGCAGUCAGGACGCGAUGGUUAUCCGGGGCCCCUUGGCUUGGAUGGCAAACCAGGACCUCCAGGACCAAAAGGGGAAAAGGGUGAAGCAGGGGACAUCGGCCCAAGGGGUUUUAAAGGCGACCCGGGAGAGGAUGGCCUCAUGGGCGCCAGGGGACCCCCAGGGCCAAAGGGUGAGCCUGGCAUGCAAGGGAAGAAGGGUGAUGAUGGCAUCCCAGGGGAACCAGGACUUACGGGCUCUAAGGGGGAAAAAGGAAGCACAGGUCCGAAGGGAGAGAAUGGCACGGACGGCGCGCCAGGACCCAAGGGUGAACCUGGCGAGAAGGGUGGAAUUGGCUCCAUCGGACCACGGGGUCCCCCUGGCCUGAAGGGGGAACAGGGUGACACCGUUGUGAUCGACUAUGAUGGCCGGAUCCUGGAUGCACUCAAGGGUUCGCCGGGUCCCCCGGGGCCGCCAGGCCCGCAAGGCGCUCCAGGCCCUAAGGGGGAGCUGGGCCUGCCGGGUCCACCUGGGCUAGAUGGCGAAAAGGGUCCCAAAGGAGCUAAGGGUGACCAAGGCAGCGCAGGGAUCGUGGGACAGAAAGGAGAGACGGGAGAAAUGGGCUUAUCGGGUCCACCGGGAGCAGAUGGGCCAAAAGGAGACAAAGGAGACACUGGAUCGCCAUGUUUGCAGAAUAACCAUAUCAUCCCGGAGCCAGGACCCCCCGGAUUGCCCGGCCCCAUGGGUCCUCCAGGAAUCCAGGGGCCUAAAGGCUUGGAUGGUGCCAAGGGAGAAAAGGGGGAUAGCGGCGAGAAGGGGGAGCACGGCGACCCGGGACCGGCUGGUCUCCCUGGUGCCCCCGGGCUCAUCGGCUUACCCGGUACCAAAGGAGAGAAGGGAAAGCCUGGGGAGCCAGGACUAGAUGGUUUCCCAGGACUCAGAGGAGAGAAAGGAGAGAAGAGUGAAAGAGGGGAGAAGGGUGAGCGAGGAAUCCCAGGGAGAAAAGGAGCCAAAGGGCAGAAGGGGGAGCCUGGCCCUCCCGGACUGGAUCAGCCCUGCCCCGUGGGACCAGAUGGACUGCCAGUAGCGGGAUGUUGGCAUAAGUGAUCUCUAAGCAUGAAACACAGUGUGUAAAUAAUGUGAUAUAUUUUGAUCUUUUUAAUUUUUGUAUAAAAAAAGGAAAAAAAAAACCUUCAACAGUAAUAUAUUGACCUUUUUUUAUACUGGAUUCUGCCAUUUAUGGACUUUGAAAAUACUGUAAAGCUCCCAAACCCAUCAGAUACGCAUGGUAACACCGAGAUGUGAUAAAGGUACCGAUGACCCUGGCUGGGAGUGAGCAGUGCUCACCGCUAACGCUGCUGCGUGAACUAACAGCACGGAGAAGGCGUGUUGCCUCGUGUGCCUUACCGCACGAUGCAGGGACAAGUCCCUGCCCUAAUCUGGCUCUCAACUCUGUAUUUGCAUUGUACGUGCGCACUACAAGAGUGAAAAAAGCUGGCUGAAA